AUGGGCCUCACCUUCUUCUCCCUCUUCUCGCAUCUCUUCGGCAGGAAGCAGAUGUGUAUUUUGAUGGUUGGAUUGGAUGCUGCUGGCAGGACGACCAUUCUGUAUAAACUGAAGUUAGGAGAGAUAGUCACCACCAUUCCUACCACUGGUUUUAAUGUGGAAACAGUAGAAUAUAAGAACGUUUGUUUCACAGUAUGGGAUGUUGAUGGUCAAGAUAAAAUUAGGCAUCUCUGGAGGCAUUACUUCCAAAAUACCCAGGGUCUUAUUUUUGUGGUAGAUGGCAAUGAUUGUGAAAGAAUUCAGAAAGGAGCAGAAGAGCUGCAUAAAAUGCUUCAGGAAGAUGAGCUGCGAGAUGCAGCAUUGCUGCUUUUUGCAAACAAACAGGAUUUGCCAAAUGCUACGGCCAUUAGGGAAAUGACGGAUAAAUUAGGUCUUCAGUCUCUUCGUAAGAGAACAUGGUAUGUUCAAGGCACUUGUGCUACACAAGGAACCGGUCUGCAUGAGGGACUUGACUGACUGUCAAAUGAGCUUUCAAAACGUUAAAUGAAACUAGAUAUCUAACCAAGGACACAUUUGAUAGAACUGGUCUAGGCUUGUUACAACAAAAUUAGUUUGCAUCUUGGUUAUUAAACAGUAUCUGGGACUGGUUUGGGCAGAAUAUUACAGCAUUUAAACAUAUUUUGUUGCCAGCUAUUGUUUACCAAGUAUAAUGUUGCCAUUUAGCAAUAUGCUUGGUUUUAAAGAGAUUCUCCUUAACUUGGGGGAAAAAAAGGUGUCCUCUUUUAAUUUUACUUCCCUUAAGCCUAAACGCUUGGACAUAGCUAAGGUGACACCUUUAAAUCAAUCCAUUUUGAAUGUUUUUCUGAGCCCACAGUAAAUAAUGUUUUAAAGUUGUCCCCUUGCUAUUUUAUUGAUACCUUUAUCAUUCCUGGGACAGUCUGCUGAUUUAAAAAAUGUAGCAAUCCAUUUGUAUUUAUUUUUCUCCCUUGCCAAAAAGAUUUUUUAAUACUGCUUGUACCAGCCAGGGAAAUGCUCCAAAACACUGUCCAGAUCUUUUGCACUGAGGAAUUUAUAUUUCCCCCCUAUUAUUGACUCCUGGCUUCCAUCAGCCAAGCUUACCUUGGUGUGGUUUGGAUUUGAUAGCUAAUUAAUUCUGUGCUAGUUGCAAAGAGUUCAUAUUGAGAUGAUUUUUAAUACUCAGCAGAUUGUCUUCCUUUAUAUUGUAUCUUUUUUAUGUUGCAUGUUGCUUUGGGUAUCAGCCAGACUCUUUGCUCAGUAUAUGAUAGUUCUGCUGCAUGUUUUAUUGUUUAUUGGUGAACAUGUCUUCAUUAAGAGUUUUUGGAAAAUUCAUCAAACUCAAUGAAUAAGUUUUCUCCAUAACCCAUUUGGAAUU